AUGGUCGAUAGAGUUGCCACCAGGCUGCCGCAUCGAACAGGAACUCCCGGUCGAGCAUUAGAAGAUGACGAUGUUUUGCACACCACGCGAGCCAUGCUGGUCGGCCUUAGCAAUGUCGCGCUUAGCAAUAUUGCAAACGCCCUCGUUGACUUGCUCGAGGACUUGGCGCGACCUGAUGACACCGACGCAGGCGACCCUCACCUUCCUUCGUCCCUCGGCAAGAACCUCGUGAACCGCCUUUUCGACGCUAUAAUGGAGUUGCUGGAACCCAUACCCGACGACUAUAUGCUCCCUCCCCAAACCCUCUUGGGACAGGUAUUGGAGAGCAACGCCUGUGUGCCCUGGGUCGGUGUCGUGCAUUCGCAACGGGAGAUGGGGGACUCAGACAAGUCUUCCCAUCUGUUUGAACAUGCAGGCGGCUUGGGCGCAUAUGUCAAGACUAUCGUCGAAUACAUCACGGCAACGAAUUGGUCCUCCUCAUUUGCCUACGUCAAGAAUGUCAUUUACAGCAUUCGCACUGCCCCCUCCUUGGCCGACCUGGCACUUGUCGUCGCCCGUGCCCUGCCCUUUUUCUGGGUCGAUGGCCCCAAGCUUGGUCUCAUUAUCCAGGAACUUUGCUCCAGCUAUCUACAUUUUCGGAAGUCUUGCCAGAAUGCUGUCGCUGCCGCCUUGCCGCUGUUGAUUACGCGGUGGGUCGACCGCUAUCCCGACCAAUUCGUCCGGCUUCACUCCCUCCAUAAGAAACCUGAUGGUGGCGCGGACACCCUGUUUGAUAUGACCCAAGCUGGAACCGACAACGGGAAGAGAAAGACCGUAUUGUAUCCGCUGCAGCUUACGCUACUUCUCAUGCUACCCGACAUCUUUGAAGUAGCUAGUAACAUGAGCGAGGCCAGAAGCAACAGCAUGAUGAAGAAAGUCAACUUCCUCGACGGCCUGAAAAAAGCCCUCAGAAAUGGCAAUGAACGAGCCGGUUACUGCCUUAUUGCAUUGCUUCGUGCCGCUCGCCACUUCGACAGCAACAGUGAAUCUGCGCUUGUCAGCUAUGCAAUGGACGUGCAGGACGAAGUCAAGGACGUCAUCUUCGGCCACACAGUCCCCCCUUCACCAGAUGCACCAGUCUUUGACCAAGACAUGAUUACCGGCGCCUUUGACAAUUGUGCGGCCGCGGUGCUGUCCCAAGGGGACUCGAGAGAAGGCAGUUGGGGCCUGGUCUGCGCUAUUCUUCGGUUUCUGCAUCUUUUCCCCGAACCCCUAUCUGAUGAGCUGUCCCGAGCCUCCUUUGACAGGGGCUUUCUCCGGCCCUUUAUCUUCUGCGUGUUGUCAUCCGACACGUCCAUACGCGGACUGGCUACGAAGCUGGCCACCAGGCUUCUUGACGAGAAGCAAGGAUUCCGGGAAUCUGACGUCGAGAACUGCUCUUUCCCACGAGAUCUGGGGAAGGACAUUUGGAAGCAAAGCUCAACGGUCGUGACCGACCUCUGCGAGCGUAUAGAAGUUCAAAGGCAGACUGCGGAGAUCAAGUCACUCCAGGGGUUCUUGGCAGCUCGCCUGACCCUCCUGAGAGCAAUACCCGGCUUGUCGAAUCUCGCCUGGGAUGCUCCUGAUGUGGCCAACGAUUCGUCAAAACUCGAGAGUGUCCUUCUUGUCUCGCUCUGCACGGCGGAUGUUGACAUUUGCCAGACUGUAACGUCUUCCAUCGGACUCUUGCUUGAGGAAGCGUCUUUCAUAAGAGCCCAUAAUGAGCACAAUGGGUCCAUUCCCUCGGUGCUUCGCAAUCAAGGCACUUACCAGGAGCUCGCUUCUCCUGCCUUCCGCUUUACUGGGUUGGUCGCGUUCCAAAAGAGGAUGCGCGGCCUCUUGCGCAGUAUGCAUUACCCAACUUUGGGAAUUCUCAAUGCCUGGAACGUGGCCUUUGAAAGAUGGAUCGAGCUUGCUAAGGAUAUUUCUACUUCGUCGGUUGAUGCCAUUGACGACAAGAUGCUUUCCGAAUGGAGAAACUUGUCGGGAUUCCUGGCCUCGCUGGGCGGCAUUUGUAUUGCUGAUCGAGGGACUGCACUGGAAGAACUACCUCCUAGCGGCUUGCGAUGGAUCGAUCGGCACAUUUCGGAGCACUUCGAGGAGCCAGAUCUGACGCGUUUCCUCAGAGUCAGCAUCCAACUCUUGGGCUGCUCCAUUGCGAGAGUGCGCGAGGCGAUGCGAGAUGUCUUGUCCACCGAAACCUCCUCCGUUCUCUACGGUCCACUGUUCAAGGCUCUGGAGUCAGAGCUUGAGGUGCUUCUGACUGGGGUCCUUCGUCCGGCUGAAAGCGGACAGGACUGUGGGAUCAUUUUCGCCGAGCAGGCCGCUUCGCUGUUGAGAACCAUGGUGGAAAGGAUAGAAACUCCGACAGAUCUCGGAGGAUCGUCAUUCAUUCAUCUUGGCAUCAUAACCCUCAACUUCACCAAGUUUAUUGACUCGGCUUCCGAUGGAGCAAACACACUCAGGGUAAAGAUCAGGGUUUGCAAUCUAUGCGAGGCGGUCACGCAACGGAGAGAACAUAUGAACCUGCGGGACGACGUGCGCACCAGGAACCGACUUCUCGAAUGCAUCUUUGGCUGGAUAGCCCGGCCGCUCCCUUCGAUACAGGAGCAACAGUCUACCACGGGGACCCGGCAGGAUGAUAGUCGCCGCAUGCAGAAAGACCUGGACAAGGCGUGUUUGAAAGCUCUUGCUCAACUAACCUUUCGCCUGCCACUGCAGCCCGCCGAUAGUCAGACUGACGCCGGAAUGAGCGCACAAAAGGCCCAGAUGUUUCACAACUACUUCAACCGCUUCUUAUUCCUUUUGCACAACGAACCUCGUGAUGCCGGCCGUUCAGAAUACUCUGGCGUGGUCGCGCGCGGCGGAGCGGCUCCCGACUCGGACUUGGUCAUCACCAUCCUGUCGAACCUCUUGAGCGCAAACAUCGACGUUGGGCUGAAGCAUUCCCUGAAUAUUGGUUACCAUGAGAACAUCGAGAUACGCACUGCCUUCGUCAAGGUCCUCUACAAUAUCCUGAUGCAAGGAACGGAGUUUGGCAGCCUGACCGACUCGGCUGUGAGCGAAAAGUAUGAAGAAUUGUUAGAUGUCCUGACGACAGAUCUUUCUCUCCCUGUCGCGAUGAGUUCGGUUUGCCCGACAUCCGAGGUGGACGAGCUCACCGUGUGCCUAUUGACUAUCUUUGAACAGCGUGGGCUGAUCUUCGAGUUAUUCGAGGCUCUUAUAAGGCAUGAGAUAGGGCAAACUGAAAACGAAGCCGAGAUUCUCCGAAGAACAUGCGUCGUGACCAAGAUGCUCUCCAUAUAUGCCAAGUGGAAGGGUAACCUGUAUCUGCGGGCCACUCUCCGAAAAGUCCUCGAAAGACUCAUGUUGACAUCGCAAGAUCUCGAUCUGGAGCUCGACCCCGCGAGAGUCGGCUCCCAGGAGGAACUGCAAAAGAAUGCGGUCCAGCUUCAGAUCGUCGCAAAGGUCUUCAUGGAUGAUAUUUGCGCAUCGUCGAUGAGUGUGCCAGCUUCGUUUCGGAAGAUAUGCAGUAUCAUAUCCGACGCCGUUUCGUCUCGCUUCCCAAACGCCAAAUACACCGCGGUUGGGGCUUUCGUGUUUCUCCGCUUCAUCUGCCCUGCCAUUGUUGCGCCUGAAUCGGAGGGCCUCGUAUCAAGUGCACCGACAAAGGGAAUGCGGCGUGGCCUCCUGCUCAUCGCCAAGAUCAUACAGAACCUCGCAAACAACGUCCUCUUUGGCGCCAAGGAGCCCUACAUGUUCCCGCUCAACCCAUUUCUUGUCCAAAACAUACAUUUGGUGACUGGGUUCUUGCGUGAGAUUUCGGUGCCGCCGAACCACUUGGAGAGCCGUGUGAACUCGAAGCUUCUCGACUUUGGAUCCUGCGUUGCCCUCCAUCGCUUUCUGUACGACCACUGGGACCACGUUCGCCAGACGCUGGCUUGUCGUGAGAAAAAGGAAUACGUUGUACGAAGCCCUGCAGAGUAUGCGCGUGGCACGCCGUCCAUCUCCGAGCCGCUUCUAGAUCUUGUUACCAAGCUUGGGCCCCCGCCACUGGCCAUAUCUUGGAAUCGACCGCAAAUCUCAUCCAACUCGCCACCACUAUACUCCCGAUUCCAGAAUUUCAUGCUCCGGAACGCGUUCAAGAGUUCCGAGUCUUUUUUGACGUCUCGAGCUGUUUACGACGGAGGCGAAAGCAAGGAUGGGCUUUCGAUAGUCUGUGUCAUUCUGCGGCACAUUGAAAACGAGAGCAUCGACUAUGACACCCUUCUAUAUUGCUAUCUGAAGAUCGCGAGCCGGUUGUGGCAUGAGCCUUUCGGUCUUUUCAUAGAUUCGACCUGUUACAAGGGGCGAAACGAGCCCCCAGACGAGUUUUUCACAAAUCUGGACCUCUUAACGCCCUCGGAACUGUCGCUGAGUCUGUCUAGGAUAUACGUCUAUAACAUGAAUAGCGCAUUCAAGCGAUGCUUUCGACGGUUAUUACGAGUUUCCACCCGGAAUGAAAGCAGCGUUUUUCAUCCCAAGAAUGUGGACUACCAUCUCAUCGGUAGCCUUCAGGACCUGCAAGCACACUUUCACCUAAGCCAGCUCCACCUCCCGAAAGAGACCAUCAGUGUCGUGACAGACACGCGCUACGUCUUCCAGCCCGUCACUCGACUUUCCAAAUCCAAGGGAAUGGUCGAGGUCAUCAUCAAGGUUGGCAGCCAGUUUGUUCAGGUCACAACAGCCAAGAAGCAGGAAAUCUUGCCAGGGCUGCGCCUGAGCAGCAUAGUGAAUGACAUCUUCCGCCUUGGCGAAGUCGAAGAAGCUACGACGACGAUUCACGCCGAGGACGAAUCUGCUUUUGGGCUAAAAGCAGAUGGUGGCAAAAUCGUCAUGUGUUUUACGAGCAUGAAGAGGGUCGAUGUGCUCCAGAGCAUCCGCGGGGCAAAGAGCAAGCACGGAACGGAUGACAGGGCUCACAAGCCGCUCGAGAGGCUGGUUCGUCCGCAGGAUGUUCCGGGCACGAUUCUCAACCUCGCCCUCACCAACUUGGCGAGCCCAGACCACACCCUCAGACUUGCGUCGUACAACCUGCUCGGUGCACUUUGCCGUGCCUUUGAAUUCGGCGCCGAAGCCAGGAUAGUAUGCGCCAAAGACUUGUCCGUUCCUCUCGAUCCUUCCCGGUUCAUCGUCAACAUGAGCAAAGAACUUGCCCUCACCGAGGCACAACUGACCUCGGAUUUCCUGACUGAAUUUUUCGUCAGCUGGGAGGGCCUCCCAGAGGAACAGAAACCCCUUGGAUUAGAGUACAUGGCCCCCUGGCUCUCGGGCUUGCGCCUCAAUGUUCUGGCUAGCGACGUGGAUGGGGACAAGAGCCGGGAAAAAGUCGCCAGUCUCUUCCGCAAGUUCAUCGACCUCGUUGCCCUAGACCCGAGUCUGCUGCAUGCCCUCGAGCACCAUGUUUGGCCAUCAGUGGCCCGAGACGAAUUACUGCUGGAGAUCUUCCUCGACGAGCUCAUCAAGACUUCCUUAAGCUAUGAUGCACGAGCAGAAAGCGUAGCAACGGUCUCGUCCGUCAUGGUUGGCAUUGGCACCGUCAGUCUUCGGGGCAAACUCAUCUCACGUCUCCGCAAGGCGCUCAAUCGCUCGUCUCUACGGCCAACCAGAUUCCUCCCAGACAAUGCCGUCUGGGUCGAAAUAUGUGUUCUGCUCCAGUUUUGCCUAGCCCUAUCGUUUGACAGCGGCGUGCAGUCUCAAAUGUUUCUCCCAGAGGUUUUUCACAUAGUGACAAUGCUUGCCAACACCGGCGGACAAGACAUCCGCCUCCUUGUUCACAAGUUCCUGGUCAACACUAUACACGCCGCUUGUUCGUCGUUCAUGCUGGACGAUGCGAAGCUCUUCAAGCUACAGACCAACCUAGACUCCCUCUGCGACGUUCGCGGAGACACCUUGUCGUCAGCGCUGGCUCGAGAGGACGGUUCUGUAUCUAUGAUGCAGGAUUCGGGAUCGGCGCUUGCGACCACGGAGAAUCUGGCAGCUAUUUUGUUUGAGACAUGUUCUGCGGCGGCUCCGUCGACUGACGUGGCCAAUGCUUGGCGUUCCCGGUGGAUGAGUCUCGUCGCCAGCACAGCCUUCCAGAACAACCCAGCUAUCCAACCAAAGGCUUUCGCAGUGAUGGGCUACCUAGCCCGCGAGGAGGUCGACGACGACCUCCUAUAUCAAGUCCUUGUUGCCCUUCGAAGCAGCGUUGGCCAGUUUGGAGAGGACGGCAACAGCGAGAUGCUGAAAGCCAUUGUCACAUCUCUCGCCAAGAUGAUGACCAAACUGCCAUCUGCGUCUCGAUAUGGCGUGCAGCUGUUUUGGCUCGCCAUCUCGCUCGUGCGACUGGUGCCGUCGGGGCUAUUCAACUGCACUGCCCAAUUUCUAGAAGCGAUACUGACCAACAUUGGGACCGCGGGCAACGUAAGGGGCGAGAAAAUGGUCCCGCUACUACUGCAGAGCCGCAGUCAACUGGAAGAGGCAGCUCUUCCCCUGGAUGAAGCGUACGGUAUCCAGUUCGGCCAUGAGACUUUCCACUUCGCGUCACAUUCUGUGCACGGGUCUCCCUACUUAGCCUUGAUUUUGGCCCGAUGCGUGGGCCAUGAGGACUUCAUCGAGAGCCUCUGGUGGUCUGACAUGAAGCUUGACGGGACCAGCAGCAUCAUCAAUUCACGCGGAGGCCAUGAUGUUGACAGUUUUCAGGACCAGGAGCUUCUGCUUAUGUCCGCCGUGGAGCUCGUGGAUUUCCACCACCUGGAAGACGCGGCUCAGGCGCGCAGCCUUGACUGGUUGAACAAGCUUGCUAUCGCACGCCCAAGUGCUUUUGUCAAACUGUGUGGCCCCAUGCCGUCUAUUUUGAGCGGCGUGCUGCUUCAUGGACAGGAUUCGGCUGCAUUGGGGGCUGCACACUCGUUGCUCCGGAUCCUGACAUCGGAUGAUCGAUAUGCAGCCGCGACGGGAUCCAUGCAGACCCUGAGAGAUGUGCUGGAUGAACUCGGAUUCACCGGACUGUCUGAUGGUGAUAUGAGCGACGAAGAUGUCUCGAGCGGAUGA